CCUCCUUCUUUCCUUUUUUCUGUAUCACAAAAAAAAAAAAUCUACAGGAAAUCAGACUGAGAAAAUCACACAGAAACAUAUUAGCAGCAGGCCGGGAGCCGAGGCCAAGACAAACACAAGAAGCUUUUCAUUCUCCUUGCUGCAGAGGAAGAAAACAUGGAGCCUGGGAUGAGGAGCCUGAUGUCUGACAACAGCCGAUAUGUGGAGUCCUUCCGCCUCUUCCUGCAGAAUUCUACAGAGCACCAGUGCAUGCAGAACUUCAUAGACACCAAACUGGCUGCCAUUGUGUCCAGCAUAGGUGACGGGAAAUCAGUUGUCAAUGUCCUCGGAGUAGGAAGUGGCUCAGGUGAAAUUGACUUUCAGAUGCUCUCCAAGAUUCAUGCCAGGUAUCCCGGGGUCUCCAUUAAUAACAAUAUUGUUGAGCCCAGCCCUGAACAGUUGUUCAGUUACAAAGAGCGCGUGGCCAAAACGCCUGGCCUGGAUCAUAUAACCUUCCACUGGAACAAAAAGACCUCAACGGAGUUUGAGGUCCAAGUGAAAGAGAAGGAAGAGGAUAAAAAGUAUGAUUUCAUUCAUAUGAUUCAGAUGCUGUACUAUGUCAAGGAUAUUCCCGCAACUUUAAAAUUCUUCACCAGCUUACUUUCCACAGAAGGCAAACUUCUUAUAAUCCUUGUAUCUGGAAACAGCGGGUGGUCUACACUGUGGAAGAAGUAUGGAUCCCGCUUGCCUCUGAACGAUAUGUGCCUGUACAUCACAGCGGGGGACAUCGCGGACAUGUUGAGUUUGAUGGGGGCCCAAUACCAGAGUUACGACCUGCAAUCCGAAAUGGACAUCUCAGAGUGUUUUGUGGAAGGGGACCGGAAUGGGGAGCUACUUCUGGACUUCUUAACGGAAACCUGUGAUUUUAAGAAGAGCGCCCCCGCCGACCUUAGAGAGGAGAUCAUAGAGGACCUGAAGAGCUCUGGGUGCAGCUCUAUAAGGGACAGCAAAGUCAUUUUUAAUAACAAUCUUAGUGUGAUUGUAGUUGAGAAAAAAUAGGUAUCAACCCCCAACGACGGUAU